CUCUCUUCUUCAAACACUUAAUAAAACAGAAGAGGACGGUAACAGAGAAUGGGAAGAAUCUGUGGACACGGGAGGUUUACCUGACGUUGGGAACAGCAUCUGAUCUGGCGAUGGGUGAGCAGGAGAAUCCACUGGACAGAGACCACUGUCUGUCUGUGGUUCUGCCAGGGGGGAUGGAGAAAAACGCCACAGUGCAUGGAAGUAAACCAGUGAUGGACUUACUGGUGACCCUCUGUGCGAGUUACCAUCUGAAUCCGUCUGACUACACUGUUGAGUUUCUCUCGCCUAACAAGAACAACAUCAGCUUCAAACCCAACUCUCCUAUUGGCUCCCUGGAAGCGGAGAAGAUUGUGCUGAAGCCCAGAGUGGUGGAGGAAAAGAUCAGGAGGCCAUACAUGCCUGAGGCAUCUGUUCGUCUGUUGAUAAACUACAAUAAGUCCCAUAAGACGGUGGUGCGAGUCAAUCCAAGAGUGGCCCUUGAGAUGCUGCUGCCAGCGGUGUGUGACAAGUGUGAGUUUCAAGUGGAGACCACCAUAUUACUGAAAGACUCUUAUUCUGAAGAGCCUCUGGACCUGAGCAAGACCUUAAAUGAGCACGGACUGAGGGAAGUGUUUGCCAAAGACACAGCCGCUAAGGAGCCUGAGCCCCAAGAAGCAGCUGUCACUCAAACAGAGGUCAUCACACCACCUCCACUACAAGACCUGCCAAAGCAGGAGAAGAAACAGAAGGACAACACAGGAUUCCUCAGCCUAUUCAGAAAGAAGAAGAACAAAGCUGCAAUGGACGGGGAAAGGAGUGCCCCAGCUUCUCCUGCUCCCAAAAAACAAGUGGGAGACAAUGUGCGGGUACUUUCCUCCUCGAACACCCUGCCAUUGGAGAUGCCCAAGAAGAGACGGGCCCCUCAGCCGCCCAUCGGGGCCUCACAGAGCGUCCCCAACAACCUCGGGAACUGUCAUGUCGGAGAGUCACAGAGGUCAGCAGAUUCCACCUUAAGGAGCACCAAGAGGAGGGCCCCACCCCCACCCUGUGUUAACACCCACCAGGAGGUCAAAGCGUCCGUAGACUCCCUGACAGAGGAUCUGAGAGAAAGUGACGAGUCAGAAUCUGUAUCACUGCCCUCGUCUUCAUCACCAUCACCAUCCCAUCCACGUUCCUCUUCAUCCUUCUUACGUUCAUCCUCACCCUCCUCCCGUUCAUUUGCUCAUCUCUAUGAAGUGGCUGACCCGUAUCUGCCUUCGUUUCGGGGCAAAGACCUCUCUGACGCCCGCUCUGCUCUUGCCAAAGUCCUGAUGUCCUCCAUGUCCAAAGGAGCGCUGGUCAGGCGUGUGAGGAACUCUGCCUCCUUCCCAAAGCUCUACAACGACGACUCCUUAAAGUCCAUGACUCCGGGGCGUUCGGUUAACGGGGGGUUCUGCGUAGAAUCUGUUCUAGAACACAAACUCCCAACUGAGUGGCAGGAUCCCGCACAUAGGAAGGGAAUGACCACGUUUAAAGUGGUUCCCUCUGGGAAGUCCUACGAUCCUGAACUCACCACAGAGCAGGGAACCGUAGAAGAUCACCCUGAGAGUGAAGGUUCUACUGCUGAGCCUGAAGAGGAUCCACCAGGGACUGAAACACCUUUACAGCACCCAGUACCUCCUGAGAAAUCUCUGCAGUGUCCAAAGCCUCCUGAAAAGCCUUUGCGUAGUCCAGAACUUUCUGAAUCACCCUUGCAGAUUCAAGACUCUUGUGGAAAACCAGUGCGGAGUCAAGAACCGUCUAAAACACCUUGCCGGAGUCCAGAACCUCCUGAAAAACCUUUGCGUAGUCCAGACCUUUCUCAAAAAACAAUACUGGUUCAAGAAUGUUCCGAAAAACCUUUGGGUAGUCCAGAACCUUCUGAAACGCCUCUGCAGAGUCCAAAAACCCCUGAAAAACCUUCUGGUAGUCCAGAACCUUCUGAAACGGCUUUGCAGAGUCCAAAAACCCCUGAAAAACCUUCUGGUAGUCCAGAACCUUCUGAAACGGCUUUGCAGAGUCCAAAAACCCCUGAAAAACCUUCUGGUAGUCCAGAACCUUCUGAAACGGCUUUGCAGAGUCCAAAAACCCCUGAAAAACCUUCUGGUAGUCCAGAACCUUCUGAAACGCCUCUGCAGAGUCCAAAAACCCCUGAAAAACCUUCUGGUAGUCCAGAACCUUCUGAAACGCCUCUGCAGAGUCCAAAAACCCCUGAAAAACCUUCUGGUAGUCCAGAACCUUCCGAAACGGCUUUGCAGAGUCCAGGCUCUUCAAAAACACACUUGCAGAGUCCAGAAACUUGUGAAAAACCCCUGCAGAGUCCAAAACCCCCUGAAAAACCUUUGGGUAGUCCAGAACCUUUUGAAAAACCUUUGGGUAGUCCAGAACUUUCUGAAAAACCUUUGCAGAUUCAACAGUCUUCCGAAAAAACUCUGCAGAGUCCAGAACCUUCCGAACCACCCUUGGGAAGUCCAGAACAGUUUGAAACACCUUUCCAGAGUGCAGAACCUUCUGAACUUCCGCGUGACGGUCAGAUCAUCUUGGAGGAUCAAAGCCACAAUGAAGAGUCUGAGAGUAAAGACGUAAACCAUUGUGGUUCACUCGCUGAAGUGAAGCAGGAAGUGGUUCAAGAAGAGGAAGAAACCGAGGACUGUUUCCCUCCCCCUCCUCCACCCGUCUACUUUGAAGAAACCAUAGAGGAGAAAGAAGAUGCUUCCUCUCUGUCUUCUUCUCAGCAACCAAGUCCUACCUCCAACGGGAUUCAUCAGAAGGAGUCUUCCAGAAAACCUGCUAACCCAGCCCCCUCCAGGUUUGCAGAGGCCGUAGCGCUGCGCGUGCAGAGGUCCCAUCUCAGGAGCACAGGGAAGGGUUUAGGCGCUCAGGUCCAGAGCAGACCACUCGGUACACCUCCAUCACCCCCCAGGUCCCCCUACCAAAAUGGUGCCUGACUGUCCCUGGAUCAUUUCUAAGUAGAUGAACAGUAUUUUUGCAUCAGUUUUAUGACAAGCAACUGACUUUUUUUGUAUUCUUGUAUUUUUUAGUUCAAAGAGACGUUGCCGUCUCAUUUAGUUGGACUUUAGAUUAUGUUGAACAUAAAUAUUUUGUCCACACAGCCAAAUGUACAGGAUAGAGACAACGUCCUGUUUUUUCUUUACUUCCUUUUGAAUUUUUAUUGAAGAUGUGCCAAGGCGGAUGCAAAGCUGACGUGAGAGUUUUUGUUUGUGUAAAACAAAUGAAUGUGCAAUAAUAGGUUUAUUUUAUUUCUGUGCCAGAGUUAGUUUUCCUCUAGGUUGUAAAUGUUAUAAUUUAUAAAGAAUGCAGUACAACUGAUUUGCUGUUUGGCCAGCAGGUGGCAGUACAGUAUUAUUUAAAAAAGAAUCAAAUCUAUAGAUGAGGUUUUAUGUGAAGUCUCAGAGACACAUUUUAUUAUUUUAAGCUACAGUUAAUAUUGUUUUCUUAUGGCUCAAGAGCAUUAAUGAACUCACAUGACACAUUAUUAUAAUAUUUAUUUUUCGCAAUGCUUUGUCUGUCAAUUAUAAGGACUUUCCCAGAAUAAACCUGCAUUUAAUGA